AUGGAAAGCUUGGGGCCAUGGGUGCCAAGAGACGUCUGCACCCACCAAGGAAGAGUACCCACCAUAAACCCCGCUGACAUCAGUGCUGGAUUUCCCCUUAUCCGCCCCAAUUGGGAUUAUAACACAGGAGAAGGUAAGGAGCGCCUCAAGGUCCAUCGCCAGGCUCUAUUGGCAGGUCUCAAAGCGGCCGCUAAGAGGCCCACUAAUCUGACUAGGGUAUAUGAUAUAAGGCAGGAGGCAGAUGAAAGCCCUGCCGCUUUUCUAGAGCGGGUGAUAGAAGCCUUCAGACAGUUCACCCCGUUCGAUCCAGAGCAUGCAGAUCAUAAGUCAACUGUGGUAAUGGCUUUCAUUAACCAGGCUGCGCCCGACAUUAAGAGAAAACUACAAAAAGUCGAGUGCCUUGGAGAAAAGACUCUCCAAGAUCUAGUAGAGAUAGCAGAAAGAGUGUACAAUAACAGGGACAGUGCUGAGGAAAAACAAGUAAAGGCAGAAAAAAGACAAAAUAGAGAUUUAGCUAGAGUGUUGCUGGCCAUGACUGCAAAGCCAGAGGACCGCCACCACCAAUUAAAGAAAGUUGCUGGAAGAAGAGGACAAGAAAGAGACCCAGAGCACCACAGGACACCAAUAGGUAAGAAUCAAUGUGCCUAUUGUAAAGAGGAAGGACACUGGCUCAGAGACUGCCCUUGGAGAAAAAGCACACCUAAAGUGUUAUUCGCUGGGGAAGAUAGUGAUUAGGGAGGAUGGGGUUCGGAAUCCCUCCCCGAACCCAGGGUAACUCUUAAGGUGGAGAGGAAAUCAACUAACCUCUUGGUGGACACUGGGGCUCAACACUCGGUAUUAUUAGAGGCCAAGAGGCCAAGUAAGCGAUCUUGGGUCCAAGUUGCCACCAGGACCGAACAGUAUUCAUGGACUAUCCCAGACUGUCCUUACCCCCUGCUGGGGAGAGACCUUUUAUCAAAAAUGAGGGCCCAGAUUCAUUUUGGCCUGCAAGGAGCCCCUAACUCCUGCCUGGUACUAAUGACUGCUUUUGAGUGGCAUGAUCCUGAUGUUGGCAUUCACGGGCAGCUGACUUGGACUCUACUUCCUCAAGGGUUUAAAAACUCCCCUACCAUCUUCGAUGAGGCACUGCAUAAAGACUUGGGUGAGUACCGGAGGGAAAACCCAGACGUUACAUUGUUGCAGUAUGUUGGUGAUCUCCUGAUCGCAGCCACCUCUGAAGAAAGCUGCCUUCAGGGAACUAAAAAUCUACUCCUAACAUUGGGCAAGUUGGGAUACAGAGCCUCUGCUAAAAAGGCUCAAAUUUGUAAGCCCCAAGUUACUUAUUUGGGAUACAUCCUCAAGGAUGGACAUAGAUGGUUGUCUCUGGCCAGAAAGGACACCAUCCUCCACAUACCCCCACCUAAAAACCCCACACAAAUGAAAGAGUUCUUGGGGUUGGCGAGGUUUGGCAGAUUGUGGAUUCCAGGCUUUGCAGAAAUUGCUAAGCCCUUGUAUGAACUGACCAAAGACAAGAGUGAGUUUCAAUGGACCCCUGAACAUCAACAAGCAUUUGAAACUCUAAAAAAACCAGCUCUCUUGUCAGCACCAGCGCUGGGGCUUCCUGACAUUACUAAGCCUUUCCACCUGUUUGUGGGUGAAAGUAAAAGGGUAGCCAAGGGUGUGCUGACCCAGACGCUAGGACCCUGGAAAAGACCAGUGGCCUACUUGUCCAAACGCUUGCACACAAUAGCGGCCAGAUGGCCCCCCUGUUUAAGGACUGUGGCUGCAGUGGCGUCUUUAGUUAAGGACGCCGAUAGAUACUUUCUCAGGGUGGACGAAGGCCUUUCCUACCAAGAGCGAGACAGCCACUAUUGUGGCAAAGAAAUUAUUGGAAGAGAUCCUGCCAAGCCUAUCCUCCUGAGGGGCAUGGUUUGCUGGGGACCCACCGAGUCGCCCCAGCUGUCCUUCGGCAGCGCCACACCUGCCUCUACCGCAGGUGCUGAGCUCGGGCGCCCUCUCGUGGGGCCUCCAGUUACUGCGCGGCCUGGGGACUGGUUUAUUUUGCAGGCAGCCACCUCAGCAUGGUCUGCUGCCGCCUCAGGCCCCGGGCAGGCAGCUGUGUGUCUAUUAUUUUUGAUUGCCCAUCUUAUGGAGCAUGAAAUCACCGCGGGGCACACGGGCUUCGCACUGCCCUCGUCUUCCCAGGGCAAGGCAGAGGGGCACAGGGGCAGAGCAGAAAGCCAGAAAAAAGGACGAAAUAGGCGGAAAGGGAAUGAAAAUCAAAGAAAUCUCAGCCUUACAGAGUGUGAGGCCACCUGGGCAGAGACGGGAGGGAAUAAACAGGUUGCAGGUGCAGAGACCUCCUGGCAGAAGAUCGAGGAGGUGGAAGGAAGUGUAAACUGCAGCCUCGCGACCUGUCCCUCCCCAGGAGCAAAGUGUUCCCUGGUCAUGAAGCCGUGCCUGAUGUCAGAUAAGGCGGCUGAGGCUCACACUGAGUACAGGCUCUGGUGA